UCCGUAUCUACGAAGGGUUCGGUGGAUCUUCUCAACAAACUUAUCGAUAAGCCGGUCUGUCGCCCGAUCGGGAGUGUCUUCCCGUGACCGGGACCGAAAUUACCGUCACAAAACCCGACUCGGUCUCUCGCCUUCCGCCUCGUCUCCCCUCUCUCCUCUCCUCUUCUUUCACCUCCUCUUCCCCUCCCCUCCCUCCUCUUUCUUUUUCUUUUUCUUUUCUUUUCUUGGUUUCUGGUCUUUUCGCCGAUUUUCUAGGGGUCGCUGGAGCAAUCGCCAACAUGAGUACUUUCUCCCCCGAGAACAUCACCGGGGCCUUCAUCCCCUCGGCCCUUUUCAUUGCCGGAACCUACCUCUUCAAGCAGGAAUUGACUCCUUUCGCUGUCGCUAUCGCCGCUGUUUUGGUGGGCUACAAGCUGUUCAGCAACAAGCCCAGAAAGGUCCUCAACCCCGGCGAAUUCCAGCACUUCACCCUGAAGGAGAAGACCGAUAUCUCCCACAAUGUGACCAUCUACCGUUUUGCCCUGCCCCGUCCCACCGACAUCCUCGGUCUCCCCAUCGGUCAGCACAUCUCUCUCGCCGCCACCAUUGAGGGUCAGCCUAAGGAGGUUGUGCGCUCCUACACUCCCAUCUCUUCCGACAAUGAGGCUGGCUACUUCGAUCUCCUCGUCAAGGCCUACCCCCAGGGUAAUAUCUCCAAGUACUUGACCACCCUGCAGGUCGGCCAGACCAUGAAGGUCCGUGGCCCCAAGGGCGCCAUGGUGUACACUCCCAACUUGUGCCGUCACAUCGGUAUGAUUGCCGGAGGUACUGGUAUCACCCCCAUGCUCCAGAUUGUCAAGGCCAUCAUCCGCAACCGUCCCCGCAACGGCGGCAACGACACCACCCAGGUGGACCUGAUCUUCGCCAACGUCAACCCCGACGACAUUCUGCUCAAGGACGAACUCGAGGCAUUGGCCAAGGAGGACGACGGCUUCCGCAUCUACUAUGUUCUCAACAACCCUCCGGAGGGCUGGACUGGCGGUGUCGGUUUCGUCACCCCUGAUAUGAUCAAGGAGCGUCUCCCUGCCCCUGCCAGUGACAUCAAGAUCCUGCUCUGCGGUCCUCCCCCCAUGGUUAGCGCCAUGAAGAAGGCCACCGAGUCUCUCGGAUACACGAAGGCCCGUCCCGUCAGCAAGCUCGAGGACCAGGUCUUCUGCUUCUAA